AAGUCGUAUUGUAGGUGUUAAAUCGUGGGCCGCGGAUAAGUCUGCAUUCUUACCAAUGUCCAUAUUUUUUACACUCAAGAAAAUAUACCUAACGUUAUCAUCGAAUAAAAUUAUUGAUAUUCACGUAACCAAUUUAUUUGCUCAUAACAUGUUAUGUUAGCAAUUCUUUUACCUUAUUUGUUAGGAAACGGCGCACGUAUUUGCUAUUUUUAUUUCAAAAAAUGGACGAGGUAAAAUUGGACCUACAAGACAAAUCCGCCCAUAUAAGCUCGUUAAACAAAACACCAGUCACUAUUGUUCAAGAAUACGCAUCGAAAAGACAUCUGUGCCCUCGUUAUGAUCUUGUGCACAACGGUACCAAACAAAAUACGGUGACUUUUUUCUAUAGGGUCGAACUACAGGGUAUAGAGACGAUAGGCGAAGGGUCGUCGAAAAAAGAAGCCAAACAUGUUGCAGCCUCCAAACUGCUUCAAAAACUGUUGGAAGUGACGCCUGAAUCAUUUAAAAAUGAAUUUAAACAAUUUGAUCUUGGCACACGUGUUGUUUCGCCUUACGACAAAAAUAUCAAAGAAAAUGCCGUCGGACAGUUAAACGACAUAUGUUGCAAUCUUAAACUGAAAUUGCCCGAGUUUAAAGAGGUGCGUGAAGAGGGACAAGCUCAUGCAAAAUUGUUCACUGUUAGUUGCCAAGUCGCUAAACUCAUCGAGGAAGCCACGCACAAAACCAAGCAACAAGCAAAACAGUUGGCUGCUCAGCAAAUGGUAAAAAGACUGACGUCCAUGGAUAAAACGUUAAUCACUCCAAUUGAUCAGUCUGUAUCCGAUUCAAUGAGAGUUAUCGAAAUAGUGGAACCUAUCAUGUCGCAUAAGUUGAAAAAAAAUGCCCCUAUGGAUGAAGAUAUUUCAAAUUAUCAUUUGUUUUUUAAAAACAACGAAUGGCCCAACACUGAAACUCUUGUUGAACUUGUUCAGCAAAUGGACUCCGACAGCAAGUUGAUGUUGACUGAUCCCAUAAGUGUUCUAAAUAAAGUCGUUGAAGAAUGUGAGAUGUUGUUACAAAAGAAUUAUAUUGAUGAAAAUUGUAUUUUAGGACCUUCGAAAAAACAUUGUUGUUUGAUGAGCGUUAACAAUGUGUAUCCUCCAGUCUUUGGUAUGGGAAUCGAAUUAAGUCCUAUUUUGGCAGAGACGACUGCGGCAACAGAAUUACUUACCAAUAUGUGUAUAUUAUUCAUAUGAUUAUUGGUUGAUUUCUUUAUAUUUUUCAUUAGUGCAUGCGUGAGCUCAAAGUAAAAAAAAAAAAAGAUAUCGGUAUAUUAUUGAUCUUAAACUAUUUGUUACCUAAACCCCUACAACUUCCAACUUGCAUUCGGCCGACUGAUAUAAUAAUACUAAAUAAUAAUUAAAAAAAACUAUGUAAACAUAUUUUUAAACUAAUAACUAAAUAAAUAUUGUAUUCAAACAAAUAUUUUCUCGGUCAAUUGAUUGAAUUUAAAUUACAAGUUGUAAGGAACUAGGCAUUUCUAAAACCCUGCCUGUUGAACCGAAUAAAUAUGUAUACAUUCAAAUAUUUUUAUAAAAAUGUACUUUUAAUGUUUUCUUAUUGAAUUUUUGUAUUGUUCUUUAAUAACUCUAAAUUAUUUAAUCUUUAAUUACUUUUGUAUUACCUACCAUUAAUAAUUGAAAUGUUUUGGUUACUUUAAAAUGAUUGUUAAAUGAGAUAAAAAUGUGUAGUUUUUUUUUUUAUAA